AUGAACUACUGGAGAUGGUACGCCGCCCAGGCAGGCAUCGAUCAUGCUGUACCAACUCGCACUAACAUGCUCGACUUCCUAUCCUAUUGUUUUUAUGAUGGUUGUCAAGCCAACCAGAUACGCCAGAUCCGUGCUGCCAUCAACAACUAUGCUCGGUCACACGGGUUACAGAUCAUCAGUGACGACGAGUGGCCACACGCUAUUCAGGGAUAUGUCAGUCUCUGCCAUGACAUUCAUCCCGACACUCUCCCCCGCACACCCAAAAUCCUUGCCACGUGGAUAGCCAGCAUUUUUGACGAUUAA